GAGUGUCCCCAGCUGCUGCCCACCGAGCGCAUCCUGGUGCCGGUCAACGUGGUGAAGCCCAUCACCCUGCGGGCCAAGAACCUUCCCCAGCCACAGUCAGGACAGCGGGGCUAUGAGUGUCUGCUCACCAUCCAGGGUGUGGAGCAGCGGGUGCCCGCGCUCCGCUUCAACAGCAGCUGUGUUCAGUGCCAGAACACCUCGUACUCAUAUGAUGGGAUGGAGAUGAGCAGCCUCCCUGUGGACCUGACGGUCAUCUGGAACGGAGACUUCAGCAUCGACAACCCUGCCGAAAAUAAAGUUCACCUGUACAAGUGUGAUGCCCAGAGGGGGAGCUGUGGCCUGUGUCUGAAGGCAGACCCCCUGUUUGGCUGUGUGUGGUGUAAAGGGGAGAACCGCUGCACCCUCAAGCAGCACUGUCCCCACCCUGAGAGCCAGUGGCUGGAGCGCAAUGGACUCAACAGCAAGUGUACCCACCCACGCAUCACCCAGAUCACUCCGCUGCGGGGGCCUCGGGAAGGGGGCACCCUAGUAACCAUCCGGGGGGAGAACCUGGGCCUGGACUUCAGUGAGAUCCAGGGGAACGUCAGGGUGGCCGAGGUGGACUGUACCCCCGUCCGCGAGGGAUACAUCCCCGCAGAACAGAUAGUGUGUGAGAUGGCGGUGGCAACGCCGAGCCAGUUCGCCAACUACGUGGAGGUGUGUGUGGGGGGUGUGGGGGUCAGAGAGUGUCCAAAAGAGUUCAGGGCCGUAUACUCCAAGUACUACUACUUCGUGGUCACCAGACUGAUCAGCCUGAAGCCCAGCCGAGGGCCCGUCUCCGGGGGAACCAUCGUCAACAUCACCGGUAGCAACCUGGACGCCGGGAGCAACGUGUCCAUCAUGUUCAAGGACCAGAAGUGCACCUAUCACAGGAGGGGCGGCCAGUGGAUCACGUGUCGCUCCCACGCCUCGCUGCAAGGAUAUGGAAACGUCAGUGUGUCAGUGACGGUGGACAAGGCCCGCAUCCAGAAAGACUUGAAGUUUGAGUACGUGGAGGACCCCACUAUCAUCAAGCUGGAACCUGAGUGGAGCAUCUUCAGUGGGCACACACCUGUGACUGUGACCGGCACCAACCUGGACAUCAUACAGAGCCCCCUCAUCAGAGCCAAGUACAACGGUCGAGAGACGGUCAACAUAUGCCAGGUGUUCAGCCCCACGUCCAUGCUGUGCCAGGCCCCAGAGCUGCCCAUCAGCCUGGGCAGGCAGAGGGAGGUGCCAGCGCGGCCCGAUGAGUUUGGCUUCAUCCUGGAUGACGUGCAGGCAGUGCUGGCCCUCAACAACACGCCAUUCAUCUACUACCCCAACCCCGAGUUCGAACCCCUCCAUGUGUCUGGGGUGCUGGAGCUCAAGCCUGGCUCCCCCAUCAUACUGAAGGUGAAGGGGGACUUUCCAAUGCCAUUUCCUUCCUGUUUCUCAGGGCGGAACUUCCUCCCUCCCACCAAUACCAACGGUAAUAACGGCAAGCUGAACUACACGGUUCUGAUUGGUGAUAAACCUUGUCUGUUGACCGUGUCAGACAACCAGCUGCUGUGUGAGUCGCCCAACCUGACGGGGCGACACAAAGUCUUGGCCCGUGUGGGUGGCAUCGAGUUCUCCCCGGGCGUGGUCCACAUCACGUCAGACAGUCCGCUGAGCAGCACGGCCAUCAUCAGCAUCGCCGGCGCCGGUGCCCUGCUCAUCCUCUUCAUUGUGAUAGUGCUCAUUGCAUAUAAACGCAAGUCACGCGAGAGCGACCUCACCCUGAAGAGGCUGCAGAUGCAGAUGGACAACCUAGAGUCUCGUGUGGCCCUGGAGUGUAAAGAGGCCUUUGCCGAGCUGCAGACAGACAUCCAUGAGUUGACCAGUGACCUGGACGGAGUGGGCAUCCCCUUCCUGGACUACAGGGCCUACACCAUGAGGGUCCUCUUCCCUGGCAUAGAGGAGCACCCUGUUCUCAGGGACCUGGAGAAUUUCUUCAACUACAACUGUUUCUUUCUCAGUGGUCUGCUCAGGCGCUUGGACUUCCACAGACCCAGCCCCGGCUUGGGAACUAACCACGUUUGGGGUCUGAACUACCAGACUCUCCCUGAGCGCGUGGAUCUAAGUCACGCGUCCAGUCUGUCUCCUCUCACCCCAUAA